CCUAGCCUGCGGAGGCCUUUAGCAAGUACAGUCGACGGCAUUCAUUCAAUUUUGUUGCAUAUAACCAUCCCGUUUUCGAUAAAUACUGACUUUUACUAGUUUGUCCAUUAUUCAUUGCGAUUAUCCUAAGAAAUCCUUGAAUUUUAGUUGUUUUUGUUACUUUUAACUCGCCCAGUGAUAUUUCUAGUAAAUAAUCAUGGAUGUUGCUGAUGUUCACGUUGGCCAGCUACGCGUCAAGGAUGAAGUGGGGAUUCGUUGUCAAAAAUUGUUCCAAGACUUUUUGGAAGAUGAUUUCAGCAGGAGAAAGUUUAAAAAUAACCAUUAAUUUAAAUGUUAUUUUCAUCAAGGUUCAAAGAGGAUGGAGAAAUUAAGUACCUGAGAACUGUAGCCGAUCUGAUCAAUCCGGAUCGAUCAACUCUUGAAGUCAGCUUCGAGGAUAUUGAAAAGUACAAUCAAAAUUUGGCCACCACCAUUAUUGAGGAAUAUUAUCGAAUUUUCCCUUUCCUGUGCCAAGCCGUUUCUAAUUUUGCCAAGGAUCGUACCGAAUUGAAGAAGGAAAAAGAAUGUUAUGUAUCGUUUACUGACGUUCCAACGCGCCACAAAGUACGCGAAUUGACUACAUCUAAGAUUGGAACACUGAUUCGUAUUUCCGGCCAAGUUGUACGCACGCAUCCAGUGCAUCCGGAACUUGUCACUGGGACAUUUGUUUGCCUGGAUUGCCAAACGGAAAUACGGGAUGUUGAACAACAAUUUAAAUAUACUCUUCCAACUAUCUGUCGUAAUCCUGUAUGCGCUAACCGUCGACGGUUUAUGUUGGAAGUGGACAAAUCUCAAUUUAUCGAUUUCCAAAAGGUUCGAAUCCAAGAAACGCAAGCAGAACUUCCCCGUGGAUGUAUUCCUCGAUCAGUGGAAGUAAUUUUGCGGUCAGAAAUAGUAGAAACCGUUCAGGCUGGCGAUCGUUAUGAUUUUACUGGCACGCUGAUUGUUGUUCCCGACGUGGGAGCUUUGCAGAUGCCAGGCGCUAAAGCCGAGAUUGGAUCGCGUCAUAAGCAGGGUGACAACGCCGCUGAAGGUGUACGCGGAUUGAAAGCUUUGGGAGUUCGUGAUUUGAACUAUAAAAUGGCGUUCCUAGCCUGUUCGGUGCAGGCUACUUCUUCGCGAUUCGGAGGAACAGAUUUGCCAAUGAGCGAAGUCACUGCCGAAGACAUGAAAAAACACAUGACCGAUGCUGAAUGGAACAAAGUGUACGAAAUGUCAAGGGAUCCAAAACUGUACCAGAACUUGAUUACCAGUUUGUUCCCUUCAGUCUAUGGCAACGACGAAGUCAAGCGAGGUAUUCUGCUUAUGUUGUUUGGAGGAGUUGCUAAAACUACACAUGAAAAAACAACACUUCGUGGUGACAUCAACUGUUGCAUUGUUGGAGAUCCCAGUACAGCAAAAUCACAGUUUUUAAAACAAGUUGCAGAUUUUUCUCCUCGUGCGGUAUACACUUCCGGAAAAGCGUCAUCGGCUGCUGGUUUAACAGCUGCCGUCGUUAAAGAUGAAGAAAGCUACGAUUUUGUCAUAGAAGCCGGAGCACUUAUGUUAGCAGAUAACGGCAUUUGUUGCAUCGAUGAGUUUGAUAAGAUGGAUCCUCACGACCAAGUGGCGAUUCACGAGGCUAUGGAACAGCAAACAAUUUCGAUAGCCAAAGCUGGAGUUCGUGCUACACUGAAUGCAAGAACUUCGAUUCUUGCUGCUGCUAAUCCGAUUGGCGGUCGUUAUGACCGUUCAAAAUCAUUACAACAGAAUAUUCAAUUGACUGCUCCCAUUAUGUCUCGUUUUGAUUUGUUCUUCAUCUUGGUGGAUGAGUGCAAUGAGGUUGUUGAUUAUGCUAUCGCCAGAAAAAUUGUUGAUCUCCAUUCCAAUAUUGAAGAUCGGGUUGACAUGGUUUAUACAAGGGAAGAAGUUCUCCGAUAUAUCAUGUUUGCCCGUCAAUUUAAGCCAAUCAUAACAAGUGACGCUUUGGAACUACUUGUUGAAAAUUAUGGUCAUUUAAGACAACGUGAUACCGGUACAUCUGGCAAGAGUACUUGGCGUAUAACUGUUCGGCAACUGGAGAGUAUGAUUCGUCUUAGCGAAGCAAUGGCAAAAUUAGAAUGCAGCGAGGAAGUUACCGAAAAGCAUGUCAAAGAAGCCUAUCGUUUACUCAACAAAUCGAUCAUUCGUGUUGAGCAGCCUGAUAUCCAUCUAGAUGACGAAGAAGAUGCUGAACUUGCUCUGGCCAUGGACGCUGAAGACGAAAGCACGCCCCUGCAAAAUGGAAACGUUGAAAAUGGUCACCACGAAAAUGGACAUGAAAAUGGACACGAUGCUCCGAAGAAAAAACUCACUUUGUCCUUCGAAGAGUAUCGCAAUCUUUCCAAUAUGCUGGUCAUUCACAUGCGUAGCGAAGAAGCUCGCUCGGAAGUGGAAGAGUCACAAAGCGAAGGUGUGAAGAAAUCAGAACUCAUCAACUGGUACCUGGAACAAGUGGGUGAACAAAUCGAAACCGAAGAAGAACUUGUUGAGCGGAAAACGCUGAUUGAAAAGGUUAUCGAUCGACUCAUGUAUCACGAUCAAGUAAUCAUCCCUCUUAAAACUUCUACCCUCGGUGAGAAAGAGACUCAAGAAGAGGAUCCUUUGUUGGUGGUGCACCCGAACUACAUUGUUGAGACGUAAUUUUGUUUUGUUUUACUCUGCAAACUGACUUAUUGGAACAGUUUGAUAAUCUUUAAUCUUAAGACAUUAAAUUGUAACUUUGUACACAUAUUAGAUAAA